GGAAGUUACGUCACCGUCACCGCCGCUCUACCCGGAAGUGCCGCCGCAGCCCCGCCAUGUCGCGCGCCACCAAGCGGAAGCACGUGGUGAGGGAGCUGCUGGAGGAGCGCGUGCAGCCCGCGGAGGGACAGAGCGUGGUCAGGGUGCUGGGCACACCGGGGAACAACCUGCACGAGGUGGAGACGGCGGAGGGGACGCGGUUCCUGGCCAGCAUGCCGCCGCGCUUCAGGAGGCACAUCUGGAUCAAGAGAGGCGAUUUCCUGCUCGUCGAUCCCAUCCUCGAGGGCUCCAAGGUCAAAGCCGAGAUCUCCCUGGUGCUGCUCCCGCCCCACGUGCGCUCCCUGCAGCGCCAGGGGCUCUGGCCCGAGGCCUUCGCCCCUGGAGAGGAAAAGCCCCCGGGAGGGUUAAUUGGGGUCAUUAAUGGGGACAAUAAUGGGGAGGGGGGAUUAAAGGGGUCAAGGGGACACUUGGGACACGGGACAGGCCACUUGGGGACACGGUGGCACUUUGGGGACAGGGUGCCACACUUGGGGACACGGUGGCACUUUGGGGACCCUGUGACCCCCCCGUGUGACCCCCCCAGUGACGAGCAGGGGCUCUUUGUCAACACCAACCGGGGGGGGACCCCUGGGGACACCGGGGACAGCUCUGGGGACACCGGGGACAGUGACGGGGACGAGGACAACGAGGAGGACACCAGGGACAGCGAUGGGGACAGCGAGGAGGAGGAUGAUGAGGACAGCGAAGGGGACAACGAAGACAACAAUGGGGACAACGACGAGGACACCGAGGACAGCCAAGGGGACACUGGGGACACCAAGGACAGCGCUGGGGACACCGGGGCCAGCUCGGAGCGCGGCAGCCGGGGACACUCAGGGGACACAGAGGACACGAGUGACACCGGGGACACCGCGGGGACCGAGGCCGCGCAGCCAAAGGACGCUGGGGACAAGGACAGCGGGGACAGGGGGGACACGGGCCAGGGCGGGGACGGUCCCCAAUAAAGGACGCUGGUGGCACUGGGGUGGCUCUGUGAGUGUCCCCUCCCCCCCCCAGUGACACG